AUGCAUCGACAAAUAUUCAUUAUCUUUGGCUAUUCGUUCUUAUGUGGUUGGAAUAUUCAAGGAAACAAACGAUCUGUUGAUCAUAACUGGGAAUCAUCAAAAAUUCCUCGAUUUCAAUUCGAGAUAGCUCAUUUAAAUAAUACAAAAAAUAGACGCAAUAACAGAAUUCCACCACCACCAAUUGGUCACAGUUCAUUAAAGCAGAAAUUGGAUCAUUUCAAUAGCAAUGAUGGACGAAAAUGGAGACAGUUUUACACGCACAGGAAAUCACCACAUCAAAGUCCUGAUGGUGCGGUAUUUCUGGUAGUUGGUGGAGAAGGUGAAGCUGAUCGUGCUUGGCUAACAAAUCAAGGCUUACCGUACAUUCAGCUAGCAGAUCAAAUUAAUGCUAGUAUAUUUAUGCUCGAACAUCGAUUUUACGGUAAAAGUCGUCCGACAAGUGAUACUUCUAUUGAAAGUUUGAAAUAUCUUGAUGCAAAGCAAGCUGUCGAAGACAUUAAUGGAUUUGUUCAUGAAGUGAAUCGACGAGAGAAAUUAACUAAUCCGAAAUGGAUUACUUUUGGUGGAAGUUAUUCCGGUUAG